AUGUUCCGAUUGGUGGUGUUGUCCGCUCUUCUUGCCGUUGCCGCUGCUGCCCCAGGAUACGAGCACUCCAGCCCGCUGGCCUACUCGACCCUUGUUGCUGCCGCGCCGACCCUCGUCGCCCAGAAGGAGAUCUCGUACCAGAAGAGCAUCAUCGAGGAGCCGACGGUGGCGCAUGUUGGAACCGUGCUGAAGACCAUCCCGACCGGUGUGACGCACACCAGCUCGGCCGUGGUGCACGACACGAAGGUGCACGAGAAUGUGUAUGCUCCGACCGUGAAGAAGACCGUGGUGUCGACGCCGGUUGAGAAGACGACGUACGUCCAGGCUGCUGCCCCUGUUGUCCAUGCCGCCCCGGCUGUCUACGCUGCACCGGUCCAGACUGUCUAUGCUGCUCCAGUGGCCAAGACCUACACCUAUGAGGCGCCAGUUGCCAAGACCUACGUCCAUGCUGCCCCAGUUGCCAAGACCUACGUCCAUGCUGCCCCAGCUGCCGUCGCCUACGAGGCCGCUCCGGUGUCCUAUGUUGCUCCUCUGGCCAAGACUGCCUACGUCAGCAGCUACCCGUCGGUGUACUCCGCCCCGGCCGUCUAUGCCAGCCAGUACCACUAAGAGACUGUCCCAGAGUGUCCGUUCCUGAUUCCUAAGCGCCUUCGG